AUGAAUGACUUCAACACGAAGCCAUACCGGCUCGAACGGAGCCCGAGUGAACAAGGUCCACGUCCUCUGCCGAGUGGCCAGGACAGAGUCGAAAAAUUGACUACUGGAAAAAAAAAGUUAUACACGAAUGAUACGACACAAAAUACACAAAAACUAAAACUCGCCAAAAACAUUCUGACAGUAGAAACAUGGAAUGUACAAACAUUAUGGGCUGCUGGAAAAUUGGAACUCCUUAGAAACGAAAUGGAACGUUUCAGAUACGACAUAAUUGGUAUUUCUGAAGUACGAUGGACAGGAAAAGGUGAAACACCUCAGGGAGGUUUCACUUGGUCCGGAGAAGAAACCUCGCAUAUAAGAGGUGUAGGCUUGU